CUGUGACAUCCGGGAGGGCGUGGCCCGGCCCCCACGUGACCAGGCCACGCAGCAGAGGGAGAGGACGGCCAUGGGGCUAGGGGCAAGCAGCGAGCAGCCGGCGGGCGGCGAGGGCUUCCAUCUGCACGGGGUACAAGAGAACUCGCCGGCCCAGCAGGCAGGCCUGGAGCCCUACUUUGACUUCAUCAUCACCAUCGGGCACUCGAGGCUGAACAAGGAGAAUGACACGCUGAAGGCACUGCUGAAGGCCAAUGUGGAGAAGCCGGUGAAGCUGGAGGUGUUCAACAUGAAGACCAUGAGGGUGCGAGAGGUGGAGGUGGUGCCCAGCAACAUGUGGGGCGGCCAGGGCCUGCUGGGAGCUAGCGUGCGCUUCUGCAGCUUCCGCAGGGCCAGUGAGCACGUGUGGCAUGUGCUGGAUGUGGAGCCCUCUUCACCCGCUGCCUUGGCCGGCCUGUGCCCUUACACAGACUACAUCGUUGGCUCUGACCAGAUCCUCCAGGAGUCGGAAGACUUCUUCACUCUCAUUGAGUCCCAUGAGGGAAAGCCCCUGAAGCUGAUGGUUUAUAACUCUGAAUCCGACUCCUGCCGGGAGGUGACUGUGACCCCCAAUGCAGCCUGGGGUGGAGAGGGCAGUCUGGGGUGUGGUAUUGGUUACGGGUACCUGCACCGGAUCCCAACGCAGCCCUCCAGCCAGUACAAGAAGCCACCCAGUGCCUCAUCACCUGGCACUCCAGCUAAGACCCCACAACCUAAUGCCUUUCCUCUUGGUGCCCCACCACCUUGGCCCAUCCCUCAGGACUCUUCUGGCCCAGAGCUGGGUUCCAGGCAGAGUGACUCCAUGGAGGCCUUACCACAGGUCCCUGGUAGCUUUAUGGAGGAGCAGCUCCCUGGGCCUGGGAGUCCUGGCCAUGGCACUGCUGACUAUGGGGGAUGCCUGCAUUCCAUGGAGAUCCCGCUUCAGCCUCCACCUCCAGUCCAGCGGGUCAUGGACCCAGGCUUCCUGGAUGUGUCAGGCAUGUCCCUCCUGGACAGCAGCAAUACAAGUGUGUGCCCCAGCCUGUCAUCUUCCUCAUUGCUGACCCCUACAGCUGUCUCAGCCUUAGGACCAGAGGACAUUGGUUCCAGCAGCAGUUCUCAUGAGCGGGGUGGUGAGUGACCUUCAGUGACCCUCUGAGAAAUCCUGUGUUUGGGGAGGGCUGCCCCGAGCUCCUCAGGUGGGUUAGAGGUUGGCUGUGCCAAGGGAUUCACAUGACUGACCUCUAACUCCCCACCAAAGCCUAGGCUGCAGUCACUGAGGGUGGGUCUCCUCAGCCUCACCUUAUGUUUCAGGUGAAGCCACGUGGUCAGGGUCAGAGUUCGAGGUCUCCUUCCCCGACAGUCCAGGCUCCCAGGCCCAGGUGGACCACCUGCCCCGGCUGACUCUCCCCGAUGGCCUCACGUCUGCAGCUUCACCAGAAGAAGGGCUGUCUGCAGAACUGCUGGAGGCACAGACCGAGGAACCAGCAGACACAGCCAGCCUGGAAUGCAUGGCAGAGACUGAGGGGCCAGCCGGCCAAGCCCAGGCUGCCCCAGAUCCAGAGCCUGGGUUGUGAGAAGGCCCCUGGUGACAUUUGGUGUUCCUUAGCUGUGUAGCUCUCUAGGCUGCAGCCUCUAACGAGGCAUGGGCUUUGCUAGAGUUCACACGUAGUCCUGGAUUGAAAGGAACAGAACACUGGAGCAAUGUCCGGCUUCUAUAGAGGCAGGAGAUGGAUCUAGAUGUGUCUGUGAAGCACUGGCACCUUCCGGGGAGGGAGAGGCUGCAGGCCCGAUCACAGUGUCCAUGUGAAGAUGGGGUGGGGGACGAAAGGCUGUGUCCACAAGCGGCCACACUGGUACUGAGGAGCACCCUGAAUCCCAAUGCCCUUCCUCAUUCUAAUCCUUACACUGGAUGAGAGAGGCAGUAUACUUGGCCACUUGAUUUCUAGGAUGGAAGAUUCUGGGCCCUUCAGAGGGACCUACCUCUGCUAGCUGUACACUAGCCUCAGGGGAGGUGGAAGGGAGCAGACACUCCAGUUCUUCUCUCCUGUGAUCUCUCAGCCCUCUCUCACGUGUGGACAGCAGGCUCCGAGUACACAAGGUACAGUGGUUCUGGUGGUAAACAGGUCAGACUUUGCUUACCAUCAACCCCCCCUACUCAGCCCUUCUCGUCCGGACUUCUGGGUAAAGCCCCCUCCCAUUUGUCCUCAGAGUAAGGGAAAGGGGCCUUGAGAGGCUCAGGCUCUGAGAGGACAUCUGCGCUGCUGCCUUACUGCAGAUGGCACCAGCCAUGUCUUCUGCAGCUCUAGUCCUGUGUCCUUGCUAAUCGUCUCCCAUCUCCACAGACCAUGGAGCUGCCUAGGUUGUUAAGCCAAGGAUUCUGUUUAGGAAGCACAGGGCAAGUAGUACAGUGGGCCAGGCUCUGGAGGUGGACACAACCCCAAGCACUAGGAAUACAUUUAUAGCCAGGCCCGUGAGGCCCCCAGAGCCACUGAGAGGCCUGCAGUUGUACAGCAUGGGUUACCACAGGGCUGCUCUGUGGUGAGCACUCUGACCCCCAGCUGUCCUCGCUGGAGGGGUCUGCUCCCUGGGACCCUGUAAGUGGGGUGAGAUGGAUGCUGAUGCUGUUUCAAGAGUGAACCCCAGAUGUUUCUUUCCCUGUAAUCUGCUGUGGGAAGUGACAAGUGACCGAAUAAACAAGUCCAGCACACUGA